AUGUCUCUUCCAACAAAAUCUGUGGCUGAAUUGAACAGAUUUUUGAAAGAAGAAUAUAUACAAGAGCAACGAGAGAAUGAAUUUUUUGAUCAUAUAAAUGGACUAAGGACAACUAAGAGCAUACUAAGACCAAGUUUGUCUGCAUCUGCAUCAACAGACGAUCUUUCGGAAAAUGUUCCCCUUAUAUUUGAUCCGAAUCAAGAUGAGAUUAUCAGAGAAUGUAAUAAUUACAAGCAGAAUGAACGAGAAAAGCUGGAAGUAGACGCACAAUAUUAUGAUAGUGUAUUGAUAUCAAAACUGGCCUGUGAACAAAUAUUGAAUCACUCCAUCGAAGGUAAUCGAAUUGAAGUUAUGGGUAUGUUACUGGGCAUGACGGUAGCUUCACAAUUUAUCAUAUUUGACAGUUUUAAAUUACCAGUUCAAGGCACAGAAACAAGAGUUAAUGCUCAGUCUGAAUCAUAUGAAUACAUGGUACAGUAUGUAAGUGAGUUUGCCCAAAAAAAUAACAAUAUUGUGGGCUGGUAUCAUUCUCAUCCAGAUUACAACUGUUGGCUGAGUAAUAUUGAUAUGACAACGCAGGAUUUAAAUCAGUCCUAUCAAGAUCCAUAUUUAGCAAUAGUUGUGGAUCCUAUAAAAAGCUUAAAGGAGAAGAAAAUUUGCAUGGGCGCAUUCAGAACUAUAAAGGAAAAUGAUGUACUACAAUCUUACCAACUACCCUUGUAUGUUUUUGAUUCUGCUUUAAAUAAACUGGUAGAUGAAACUACACUUAAUUUGAAAAUAUCAAACAUCAAUUUAAAUGGUGAAUAUCUUUUACUGAAGAACUUACUUGAUAAUAUGAAACAGGUUAGUAACUACAAUGAGCUGGUAGAAGAAGAUGUCCAAAAUCUGAGGUCCAGGACAUCUGAGCGAAAUAAUAAAUUUAGGAUAUAUGAUUCCCCCAGGGAAAACCCCAGGAAUAAAGAUGCCAGUGCACAUAUACCUCUAUUAGACCGAGGUCACAGAAAUAAAAGUACAAGUUCCCUGCUCCACUUGAUGUCCAGUGGGAACGAAGAAAGUGAUAUCGAUAUGGAAAGAGAUAGUUCGAGUGGCAUUGAAUUUGACCUUGGCAGCGCUUCAAGUAGCCUAUAUACCGUGAUGGAUGCACCUGGACCAACGACAACAUCCAGCCUGUCACAUUUUCCUCAGCUACCCGUGCAAAACACAAGAAGAACUGAUGUUGCCCAAAGAGAUUUAGAAAACAACCUGCUCAGCGGCACUGAACGAUCUAAUAUGGAGAGUGAGACUCAUGUUAUAGACUAUGAAAAACAUUCUUUGAAGAACAAUCAUUCUGGAACUAUUAACAAUGUGACUAUGGCUUUACAGAAGGGGCAACUUCGAUCGAACUACAUCAGCAGUAAACAAGCUCUCUUUCGCCUCAAAAUUGAAGAAUAUAAAAAAUUAAGGUUUUACAAGGAUGCGUUUACUUUAUAA